AUGCCACCUGCCAGUGCCCAUCAGUACCACAUCAAUGCCACAUAUCAGUGCCCAUCUGAGCUGCCUUUCAGUGUCACCCAUCAGUGCCAGUCAGUGCCACACAUCAAUGCCAGUCAGUGCCACCUAUCAGUGCUGCCAAUCAGUGCCACCUAUCAGUGCCAGUCAGUGCCGCCUAUCAGUGCCAGUCAGUGCCGCCUAUCAGUGUGCAUCAGUGCCGCCUAUCCAUGCCCGUCAGCGCUGCCUAUCAGUGCUGCCUAACAGUGCCAGUCAGUGCCACCUAACAGUGCCAGUCAGUGCCACCUAUCAGUGCCGCCUAUCAGUGCCGCCUAUCAGUGCCAUCAGUGCCUCCUCAUCAGUGCCCAUCAGUGCCACCUAUCAGUGUCCAUCAGUGCAGCCUAUCAGUGCCCAUCAG